AUGAGCAAGAAUGAGGAAAAGGAAAGCCGUGCGGACUGGGUGGCUGUAGAGGCGCAGUUUCAGAAUGGCGAGGUGGGUGCCAAUCAGCCUAUUAGGCCCAAAAGCGCCUAUCAAUUCUUCCAGAAACGUGUUAUUGAUGAUGUAAAGCGUGACUUGAGCGUCAAAGCAGCUCAAUUGAACGAGCCACUGGAGCUCGGCAGUAUUUCGAAGGAGAUUAGCGUUCGCUGGGCGCAGCUCUCGACUGGAGACCGUGAGGAGUUUGUGAAGCUCGCGGCAGCUGAUAAGAAACGCUACGACGACGAAUGUCGCGUACGCGAUGAAGAGGUGGAAAAGGAACGUGCGAGGAAGAGAGAAGAGAUGUAUAGUAUUGUACAGGGCAAACGCGAGCGCAAGAAGACUCAGGUGGUGAUUAAGGAGACGUCGUUAAAGCAUCAACCACGUGAACUCACGGAGAAGCAAAAGGAAGCCAAGAGACUGAGAAAGGAAAUUCGACAGCAAGGGAUGGAUGAACGAGAUGAGCUUAAGGCUGAAGAGAAGCGUCAAAAAGAGGCACUUGCAAAGAAGAGGUCUGAGAUUGCAUCGGCUCGACUCAAGUACUUGCUUUCGCAGAGUGAUAUGUUUGCUCAUUUCAGUGGACAAGUCCAAAAGAAGGGCAAGAAAGGAGUCGCGUUGGAUGCGGACGAGAACGCACAGGAUACGGACGGCAAGAAGACAAAAGGAAACAAGAAAGGCAAAAAGAGCUCUUUGACUCACGAAGAAGACGAGUUGGACUCGUCGCAUCAUGUGGGCGUGCGUAUUACGAAGCAACCAUCAGUGAUCAAGUUCGGCACGAUGCGAGCAUAUCAAUUGGAAGGCCUUAGCUGGAUGGUCAACCUCGCACGCCAAGGUAUCAAUGGUAUCCUUGCCGAUGAGAUGGGUCUUGGCAAAACGCUUCAGACGAUUUCUGUGCUGGGCUACUUCCUCGAGUUCGAGAACAUUACAGGCCCGCACAUUGUGCUGGUACCCAAGUCUACACUGAGUAACUGGCUGGCGGAAUUUGAGCGCUGGUGUCCGUCUCUGCGUGCGGUUAAGUUUCAUGGCAACAAGGAGGAACGCUUACGAUGUGUGCAGGAGGUGCUUUGCCCCGGUCUGUCUGACGCCAAGCGCAAGUUUGACGUGUGCGUGACAACGUUUGAAAUGUGUCUUAAGGAAAAAAGUGCGCUGUGCAAGUUUGCAUGGAGGUAUCUCGUUAUUGACGAGGCGCAUCGUAUUAAGAACGAAAGCUCUCAGUUUUCCACUGUUGUCCGAAUGCUUGACACAGAGCAUCGAUUACUGCUGACGGGCACACCCCUGCAGAACAAUUUACACGAGCUGUGGGCCUUGCUAAAUUUUCUACUGCCAGAUGUGUUCGCGUCAUCGCAAGAGUUCGAUGAUUGGUUCAACCUGGACGUGGAUGAUGACGAAGCCAAGAAACAGAUGAUCAGCCAGUUACACAAAAUUCUUCGUCCGUUCAUGUUGCGUCGUCUGAAGGCGGAUGUCGAGAAGAGUCUACCACCAAAGAAAGAAACGCUGCUGUUCGUUGGCAUGUCUGAAAUGCAGAAGGUACUGUACAAGUCGCUAUUGCUCCGUGAUAUUAACACGAUCAUGGGCGGAUCAGGUGGCGUCUCCAAAAGUGCACUGCAAAACAUUGUAAUGCAAUUACGAAAGUGCUGUGGUCAUCCGUACUUGUUUGAAGGGCAGGAGGACCGGUCUCUAGAUCCGCUGGGAGAGCACGUGGUGGAAAAUUGUGGCAAGAUGGUGUUGGUGGAUAGGCUGCUCAAGAAGCUCAAGCAGCGAGGAUCCCGCGUUCUUAUCUUCACCCAAAUGACGCGUGUUUUGGACAUUAUGGAAGACUUUUGCCGCAUGCGCCAGUAUAACUACUGCCGCAUUGAUGGUCAGACGUCGUACGAGGAUCGCGAGAACUCUAUUGAUGAGUACAACGCACCAAACUCGUCCAAGUUCCUUUUUCUACUAUCCACUCGUGCUGGCGGUCUUGGUAUAAACUUGUACACGGCAGACGUCGUAAUUCUGUAUGACUCGGAUUGGAAUCCGCAAGCUGAUUUGCAGGCUCAAGAUCGUGCACAUCGCAUUGGCCAGAAGAAGGAGGUAAAUGUAUACCGCUUGGUGACAACAGAUUCUGUAGAGGAGAAGAUUAUUGAACGCGCACAACAGAAGCUUAAAUUGGACGCUAUGAUUGUCCAGCAAGGUCGCUUGCAGGAAAAGCAGGCCAAACUUACGAAAAACGACAUGCUUGAAAUGAUUCGAUUUGGUGCUGAUCAAGUGUUCCGCACCACUGACUCGACCAUAACUGAUGAAGAUAUUGAUGCCAUCCUUGCGAAGGGUGAGCAACGUACAGAAGAGAUGAAGCAAAAAAUGCAGGUGCACGAUAAGGGUGACAUGCUUGACUUUAAACUUGACGGCGGAGGUUGCCAAAACCACGAUGGUAUCGACUACUCGAACGAAAAGGAACGACAAGAAGAAUUGAAACGUCUUGCAGACGCAGAGCUUGCUCGACAGAUGGCAGAGGGCAUGGGCAAGCGCGAGCGGCGUACUGUACUUCGUCAUAGCCUCGUUCCUUCCGAGAGUAAGCACAGGACAAAGCAAAAGCAAUUGCCAAAGGCAUUACGCUUGCCACGUUUAGAAGAAUGGCAGUUUUAUAACCGGAAGCGACUCAUUGAGCUUCAUGAGAUCGAGUGCGCAAACUAUGAGCAAGCCAAGGCUGAGAUGGAAAAGCCGCCGCUUCCGCCUCACGCACAGUACCUCACUGAUGAAGAGCUUAAGGAGAAGGAGCAAUUACUAACGGAGGGCUUUAGCGAUUGGAACAAGCCUCAGUUCUAUCUGUUCAUCAAGUUGCUUGCACGUUACGGCCGUGGGAACAUCGAAGCUGUGGCUCGUGAAAUGAUGAAACCCCUGGAGGAGAUCGAGGAGUACUCGAAGAUAUUUCUUGCUCGUGGGCAGGAUGAGCUGAGUGAUUGGCAUAAGAUCAUGAAGUCUAUCGAGAAGGGUGAGUCAAAACUGCUCGAGAUUGAGCGUUUGACUGAGGAGACUACGCGUAAGGUAAAGCGUUACGCGAAUCCGUGGGAGGACAUGCCGAUAAACUAUCAAGGCAAGGGUGGUAAGGUUUUUACUGAAGAGGAAGACCGUGUACUGUUGUGCCUGGUAAAUCAGUUUGGUUACGGAGCGUGGGAUCGCAUCAAGCAGGAAAUCUGCAGUAUGGAGAUGUUUGCGUUCGACUACUACCUUCGUUCGCGCACGGCGGCUGAAAUUGGGCGUCGCUGUGACUCGCUCAUGCGUAUUUGUGAGAAGGACAAUGCAGACUUGGAACUUCGCGAGAAAAAAGAGAAUGACGUGAGGCACGUUUUGCAGGAGCAGCGAGCGAAGCUAGACCAACAAUUAGCCGCAGCACGUGCCGAUGUGAAGCAACAUCAGGCCCGCGUGGAUGAGCUGAUUAUGAAGGAGGCUAAGCGCAUGCAGAAACAGCGUGAGAAUAAGCGUGCAAAGAAGCGCAAGCAACGUGACCAGAACGAGGAUAUAGUUGACCAGUACACGGAAGCACUGGUGUCUUUCUUGCUACAAGCGACGAGUAUGGAUGCGGCCAAGGUUGCGCUAGACUUUUGUGCGAAGAUUCGACAGGAAAGCGAUGAGGAAUUGCAGCCGUCGUACGUGCUCAAAAAGAUACGCCAGGUCGCCGAACCAGAUGAAAAUGCCAGUAAGGGUGCUUUGGCGUGGAUAAUCAAGGCGGAAUAUUCAAAUGUGGAGAAACUUAGCCGGAAGAAGGAGAAGAAGAUUAUGAAGCAAGAGCACAUGAGUGACGUUAGCGAUGCCACAGUUAUGCAAUCCGGGCAGGACGGCACGGGCCGGCUGCCUAGGUCUCCGUGGUCUCCUACAGCGAUGAAGCAAAAGGUCAAGAAGGAGAAAAAGGUGAAGAGGGAGGGCUCAGUGCUGAAAAGUGUGAGGAAACCUCGUAGUGCAUACGUGUUGUUUAGCGUCGCCAGUCGAGUGGAGGUGAAGCAGUCACUGGGCAACAAUGCUAGUUUGGUGGACGCUAUGCGCCAGAUCGCGCAGACCUGGAAGGACAUGAGCCCUGAACAAAAAGCGCCAUGGAUUGAGGCGGCUAAGCAGGAUCAGCUGCGUUAUGAGAGCGAGAUGAACGAAACGGCAGCGUAA